AGUCCAGCCAGAAGAGGAGGUGUGAGCGACGCUACCGAACCGGGUUCGAGAGCUGGGCAAGGGCAGGGACGCAGAGCUAGAAGGACUUGAUCGAGAUAUCUUGAGGGAGACUGAGCCAGAGUCAUCAGCAUGUCUGAGUCACCGAGUCGAACACGUCAGAUCCCCUGCAGUGGGAAACUUUGCCGGAACCUCUUUGGGCCUGUGGACCAUGAGCAGCUGAAGCAAGACUGCCAGGACCUGAUGCAGAGCUGCACCCAGGAGGCCCAGCGCCGAUGGAACUUCGACUUCAUCACUGAGACCCCCCUAGAAGGCGAUUAUGCCUGGGAGAGGGUCCGAGGCCUGGAUCUACCCUCCAUAUAUCGCCCGACAGGGCCGUGGGGCAGGGAGGACCUGGGGGGGAAGAGGCCAAAGCCCCGGCCCAGCUCCCCAGCCCUGCUACAGAUGUCCGCCCAGGGAGACCAUGUGGAUCUCUCCCUCUCCUGCACUGUAGUACCACUGACCCCAGAGCGAGAGGAAGGGUCUAUGGCUGGGACCUCCCAACCCACCCGAAAACACAAGCAGACCAGCAUGACGGAUUUCUACCAUUCAAAGCGAAGGCUCAUCUUCUACAAGAGAAAGCCAUGACUUGACGCUCCAAUCUUUGUCUCCGGGCUGGAUGAUGAUGACCACCCCUAUUCAGAUACUCUAGCUUUUUGUUUGUCAGUGUGUGUGUGUUUUAAUUAUUGUUUGUAUUUUAAUUUAAACUCCUCCUUGUAUAUAUACGCUGUCUUCAUGCUGGGUGGGCCCUGGCCUGUAUAGCAUGGAGAAUAUUUAAAAAAAAAAAACAACACAAAAAACGACAGUGGAAAGCUAGCUGCGCCCCCGCUGUAUAAGUCGGACUGUCGGGUAUUUUUAUGUUUUGAAACCUUAUUUAAAAUGUCCUUGUCUUAUGUUUCCUCUAUCCUAUAAGAUAGAAUGAAGUUGGCCUCAGGCCAGAGAUCGGUGUAGCUACAGAAUGCUGCUAGCUUCCUUGCCUGUCGUUCCUUACACCAGGAAUUCCUGGUUAGGAAACCCGCCAUCAGGUGUAGUGGAAUUCUCUUGGGUUCUCUAAAUUAAGUUAAUUUUAAUUUGAAAAAAAUAAAAAUAAAAACAGAUGGCACUUUGUUGGGAGGGUGGGGUGAGGGUAGGGUUGGUAGGGAUACAAAGUGACUGUCCUCCUCUGAGAUGUCCAAAGCCAAGGGAUGAAGGGCAGGGGUCCCACCCCGAUGUGGCCUUUUGGCUUUGCUCUCUACUGAGAGGUGGGGGAGAGAGUUGGUUCUUGUAGCGUUUCCCCCACCCCCUCUCUGUCAUGUCCCUCUUUGCCUGCCCCCGGGCACUGGGUAGGCAGGUGGGCAUCCGUUCCCCAAAGGUGGACCAGCCAAGCUGCUCAGGAUCCUGGGUCCCUAUUGGUGCUGUCCUGCCCUGCACUUUCUACAGAGACCUAGCUGCCCUUCCAUAGCUAGGUUUUCCUUUCAGCUCUCCCCUCCCCCUUCCUCCCUACCCUCUAGCCCCCAACCCCUGACCUGCCUCCUCCCCUCUCCCCACCCUUCCCAUUGUACUUUGUGUAGCAGCUGAACAAGGUGACGGUUGUUUGGAAGUGAGGCAAGGUGAUGAAGAUGUUUUGGCCUUUCUGGGGAAGGUGGGAAGGGCCGUUGUUAACUGCAUUCAGAAGGAACGGGUUUUAUUCAAUCCUGACUUUGCCCAGUCCCAAAAGUCCUGUGGACAAAACCCCAGCCUGGACACUGACCCUAGAGGGGAGAGUAGACAGCAAGCACUUGGACUCUGUACUACACAAUUGAGCACUUGAUUCUAGGCUCUCUUCUCUUGUUCUGGUUCAUGUGUAUGUCUUGGUCUCCUCAACUAGACUGUAAGCUCUUUGAGGGCAGGGACAGUGUCUUAUACUUCUCUGUAUCCUACAUGACCCCUAACACAGGGUUGGGUAUAUAGCAGGUGCUCAGUAAAUAAUACUUAUUGACCUAACCACA